AUGUCGGACGAUUGGUUUUCGUCCAAGCUUAUCCCUGAACAGGAAAACCAUCCCGAGGAAAAGACGACUGCAACCGAAGCAGCUGAGGCCAUCACUCGCCCUGUGGUGAACUUAGAUGACCCUCGUGGCGAUAUUUGCCAGCUUUAUGGCCUCCUAAUGGAUGCUCUUCUAGACCUACGGCACCAAACUGAGCCGUUACUAGCACUGCUACAAGCUAUCGAAGACCUUCCGCAACCCGAAUUUACGGCUGCUCAACCAAGCAAGCAGCCUCAGGACAAGCUUUGGAAAGGUCUGUCAGAUUUCGGCCAUAUAUGGUACGACGUCUAUUAUCGAUCCGGAAGCUGGAAAUCCGACGCCGAGAAGACCAGUGGCUCAAAGCGCGAUGCACUACGGGACGAGCACGCAAGAACGGCUGAGUUCGAGGCGCGAUUAUUCAUGGCUGGCCUUGCGCAUAUUCCAAUCGGCUGGGGAUAUGAAGCCAUCGAGAAAGCUCUCGGAAAAGACGCGCUGCUGGAUUUCGAGAUCCCGGCUGUGGCAGAGUGGCUUGUAGUUUGUGGUCAGCGGUUCCUACAGGGCGCGAAAGAAGACGAGAAAACCUACGCGGCGGGGCAGUCUGGAGGUGUUCAGCGAGCGGCAACCAAGGCACUAAACGCCAUGCAUGAAGCAAAUGCAAAAGACGUAUAG